GGGGGUAUUUUCAUUGUGUAAGUGGAUUGUAAAAAAGUCAAAGAACGAGCUUUUCUAUUUUAAUUUACCAUUAUAGAAUUUUUUUUCUAUGCAAAUUGAAGCUGAUAGAUCCCUGGCACUACAAGGUUUGAAAUGUGUAAAUCAGUUAAGUGCUUGACCUGAUUUCAUGUUUUGUAGGUAAUGCAGGACCAUCAAGAUGGCGGCGAUCCUGUUUUCAAGGCAACAAGCAGGUCUACACAGCAUGAAUUUACGUCUGCACCAAGAAGUACUUUAUAUAACUCCUGGAAAGCAGUGGUCUGGGCCCUGAGAUGAUGUGCUCCUGAGUUGCAUCUUCUGUUUUCCAGUAACAUGUAUGAUUAGCCAUAUUCAUAAACAUCCUGAAAGUUAGAAUUAUUUUGAAAACACUGAAGAUAAUGGAUGUUUGGGGGCAAAUUGAGAGCUUGGAUCAUUUUCUUACCAACCUGAGAUAGCAACAUGAUGACACAGCCAGAAUAGUUAUGGUGAGUCAUGGAGAAUAACCAGGAAACCCAUCCGCCCAAAGGGGAUGGUGACUUUGUUUCUGAUAAAAUAAACUUUAAAAUAGAAGAAGAAGAUGAUGGAAUUCAGAAUCACAGCUUGGAAAGAGUGGACUUUAAGAUUGAACAAGAGGACAGGAAAGCAGCUGGAAGUGGUGAUGAACAGGCAGAGAUCAGAGAAGCGAGCUACAGCUGUAAGCCCCCGGGGAAGUGUUUCCCUGCCGACCACGAGGACGACUAUGGGGCCCUGUUCUCACAGUACAGCAGCACGUUGUACGAUGUUGCCAUGGAAGCUGUGACGCAGAGCCUCCUGUCCAGCCGCAGCAUGAACUCCAGGAAGAAGUCUCCGGCCUGGAAACAUUUCUUCAUCUCUCCUCAGGAUACAACAAAAGCAGUGUGUGUUUAUUGCAUGAAAGAGUUCAGCCGCGGCAAAAACGAGAAGGACCUGAGCACGAGCUGUCUCAUGCGGCACGUGAGGAGGGCACACCCCACAGCACUCAUCCAGGAGGAAGGCAGUGUGUCUACCCUGGGAUCCAUCUCCUCCCCUGCACUGGUGUUCCCUCCUCAGCCCACACCCCUUGGAGACCUGGGCACCGUACUGUCACCCAUCAAACUUGUCCAGAAAAUAGCCUCCAAGAUCCCAUCUUCUGAGCAAGUGACAGAAGAAUCUGGAUCUGUUGUAUCUUCUGAAGAGGUCUCCUCUGAUGUGUCCGUCUCUGAGAAAUACAGGCAGGAAGAAGCCCUGGUGGAGCCACCCCAACCGCUCCCCACUCCCCAGCAUGAUGACUCUGCAGAGAGUGGGCCAGAGAAGAGCUUUCCACUUCCAAAGAGUACCUCUGGAUCCCGAAGGUGGUCUGCAGUCUGGAAGCACUUCUACCUGUCACCUCUGGACAGCUCCAAGGCCGUGUGCAUUCACUGCAUGAGUGAGUUCAGCAGAGGGAAAAACGGGAAGGACCUGGGUACCAGCUGCCUCAUCCGGCACAUGUGGCGGGCACACCGCGCCAUCGUACUGCAGGAGAAGAGUGAGGGUGCAGCUAUUACGCCACCCUACUCUGCACCCACCACUUUGUUGCCUGCCCUACCAACGCAGGAGGGAAAUCCAAGCCCUAUGUCCUCAUCACCAGGCAACGAGGUACAAGAGUCCCCCUGGGCGUCCUCCUCCCCUGACCAGCUUACUGAGCACCUGCAGGCAUGUCUAAAGCCUGGGGAUUCACCGAUGGAAGAUGCAUCAGUGUUGUCAUCCUCUGAUGAUGUGGGCGAGGCCUCGUUGGUGUCCUCCCCUGAGAAGCAGCAGGGUGAUGGGUCGAGCCCUCACAUGGUUGAGUCUGGUGUUAUAUUCCAACAGAAUCAAAAGGUGAUGAAGAGACUGAAGUCGGAGGUCUGGCAUCACUUUUCCCUCGCCCCCAUGGACAGUCUGAAGGCGGUGUGCAGACACUGCAGCUGUGUCAUCAGUCGAGGAAGGAAGGGUGAUGUGGGCACCAGCUGUUUGAUGAGACAUCUCUACAGGCGCCACCCAGAAGUUGUUGGGAACCAAAAGGGCUUCCUGGGGGCUAGUUUGGCAAACCCUCCAUACAACACCUUGGCAUCCACAGAAACUUCCUCCAAACUAACUGACCUUCCAGCAGUGGUUACCAAAAGCCGUCCAGUUCUAUUUCCCGUUCACAGUAAGAAGACCUCCAAGCUGUGGAAUCACUUUUCUGUCUGCUCUGCAGACCCCACUAAAGUCGUGUGCUUGCACUGUGGCCGGACGAUAAGCAGGGGCAAGAAGCCAACUAACCUGGGCACCAGCUGUCUUCUGAGGCAUUUACAAAGGUUCCACGGCAGCGUGCUGAAGACCGAUGUCCCCAAGACCAUGCUGCCCUCUCCUCCAGGCGUCAGCGUGCCCCUGAGCGCAGAAUUGUCAGGAGCUUCCUCCUUUGACAACACUGAUGAGAAGUUUUAUGAUUCUCAUCCAGUUGCCAAAAAGAUAACAAGUCUCAUAGCUGAAAUGAUUGCACUUGACCUUCAGCCAUAUUCUUUUGUUGAUAAUGUUGGCUUUAACAGGCUGCUCGAAUACUUGAAACCUCAGUACUCUUUGCCCUCCCCUUCCUACUUUUCCAGGACAGCUAUCCCCGGAAUGUACGAUAAUGUGAAACAGAUCAUUAUGUCACACCUUAAGGAAGCUGAGAGUGGUGUGGUCCACUUCACGUCUGGAAUAUGGAUAAGUAACCAGACCCGGGAGUACCUGACACUCACUGCUCACUGGAUCACCUUCAAGUCGACAGUCUGGCACUGUGAGGAUCACCACUGCUCAGCACUGUUAGACGUGUCACAGAUUGACUGCGACUAUAGCGGCAACAGCAUUCAGAAGCAGCUGGAAUGUUGGUGGGAGGCCUGGGUGACAUCCACUGGCCUUCAGGUUGGCAUUACAGUGACUGACAAUCCCAGCAUAGGAAAGACGCUGAAUGAAGGGGAGCACUCCAGCGUGCAGUGCUUCAGUCACACGGUGAACCUCAUUGUUAACGAGGCCAUUAAAAGCCAGAGAAUGGUGCAGAAUUUACUCAGCAUUGCUCGGAAGCUAUGUGAGCGGGUGCUUCGCUCACAUGCAGCAAAAGAGAAACUGGCAGAGCUGCAGAAGGAGUAUGAAUUGCCACCCCACCACCUUAUUCAGGACGUCCCAUCCAAAUGGAACACGUCGUUUCAUAUGCUCGAACGGCUCAUUGAGCAGAAGAGAGCAAUUAACGAGAUGUCCAUCGAGUGUAAUUUCAGAGAACUGAUCAGUUGCGACCAGUGGGAGGUCAUGAAGUCUGUGUGUCAUGCGCUGAAGCCCUUUGAUGCUGCGAGUCGGGAGAUGAGUAGCCACAUGUCUACCCUCAGCCAGGUCAUCCCCAUGAUCCACAUUCUGAACAGAAAAAUUGAGAUGCUGUUUGAGGAGACCAUGGGCAUCGACACCAUGCUGAAGUCUCUGAAGGAAGCCAUGGUGAGCCGACUGUCCGCCACCCUCCACGAUCCCAGGUACAUCUUUGCUACACUGUUGGACCCUCGUUACAAAGCCUCCCUGUUCUCCGAGGAGGAGGCGGAGCAGUACAAGCAGGAUUUAAUCAGGGAACUAGAAAUGCUGAAUUCUACCUCAGAGGACAUACCUGUCUCCAAUGGGUGUGCUUCAGGCUCCUCAUCGAGAGACUCCAGUGGGGAUGAAAGCCUGUGGUCACUCAUGGCCAAGAUAAAAAAGAAAGGCCCAAGAGAAAAGAUGAAGGUUCCUGAGGCCAUGGUGCUUUCUUACCUGGAGGAGGAGGUGCUUGAACACAGCUGUGACCCACUUACCUACUGGAACCUAAAGAAGUCUGCCUGGCCAGGACUCUCAGCCUUGGCCGUCAGGUUUUUGGGUUGUCCCCCGAGUAUUGUCCCUUCAGAAAGGCUGUUCAGCACACCCACUGAGAACGGUAGCUUUGGCCAGUCCAGGCUCAUGAUGGAACAUUUUGAAAAACUUAUCUUUUUGAAAGUGAAUCUUCCAUUAAUAUAUUUUCAGUAUUGAAAUCACAAUGGAGCCACCAGACUAAAGGUGUUGUUGCUCAUUAGGCACCAGCUGUUUGUCACAGGCUGUUGGUUGGCACCAGUUGGUGCCAAGGAGGACAUCAGACCGGGCACUCUCAGGUCCACACUGAGUUUCUCUUGAAGUCUCACCAUAAUGUCUAUAUGUGCCUUACUCCUAGUCCUUCAAGCCAGGUAACACGGUGUGUUUUUUACAAAGCCAUUAGAAAUAACCUGUCUUGUUAAUUAUGAAACAGGAUGAUUAGGUUUUAACCCAUAACUAUAAAGUUUUUUAAAAACUGGGAGUUGACCUUUUUCUUCUCCUGGGAGCACUCCCAUGCCUUUCCCUUCUUCCUCUUCAUCCCUCUCAGGUGUGCAUCUCCUAAACUCUAUGGGACCCCAUGAGACUUUUAAAUAGGAGAGUGGUGGGCAGCAGCAGCGAAUCCAGGUUGGCACCCUGAACCUGUCUCCAAGGCCACCUUCUUUCUCUGACUUCCCAGUGAGCUACAGCAGCCCCACCUAGUCUCUUUCUGUUGCUCCUCUUCAAAUCCAUCCUUGUUUCACUGUUCCCAGCUUUAAGAAACUAUCAAAAUAAAAAGCGGGGGUUAGUAAUUCAUUUUACUAGAAGACAGGGUAGAUUUAAACAAUUUUAUUCUGUAGCCUUUAAUUAUGUAAGAACAAAUCAGGUACUGUAUUUUAGUUAAAAAUUGCUUUAGUUGCAACAAAACAGCCUUUGUGGCUGUCAAAUAAAAUCUGGAAAUAGGUGGAGUAGAAGCCAUCCUGACUGAGUGGUUUUUACCUGUAGCCCUAUACAUAUGUGAGGAGUGCAGAGAAUAUUGUGGAAGAUACUGUUUGCUACAAGAGAGAUGUGGCAUUUGAAGACAAAACUAAACAGAAGUAUCAUGGAAUGUCAGUUACAUGGUGGUUGGUAAGGAGAACUUCCCCAUGUUCUGGUUUUGUGCUGAUGUUACACGUGGUGUUAACUCGGGGACAUCCCCAUUAUUUAUAACGUGCUCCUUGCUGCCUGUUGUCCUGCCAGUGGACCACAUGACACAUUUAUAACAGUUGUGGUGAUUGAACCUCCAAGCCUCUGACUUAGUGUCUCUACACUUUGAAGCUGUCUUUUGAAAUGUGUGUAGUGCCCCCCAAUUUGAUCAAAAUACGUGUAAAAUUCUUUGUAGAAGAGGUGGUUUAUUAACAGGGAAGAAUGUUGUUAUGUUACAGUUGUAAGAAUAGCUUAGGUGUUUAGGUUUUUCUUAUAAUACGGAAGACUCGGCUAUCACGGGUAUUUUAGAAUCCCAGGGACAUCAGAAUGAAGUGUCAGUUGUCAGAUUCUUUUAAUAUGUCUUCAGAAUUUUUGCUUCAACAUAUAGAAAAGGGUUCAUUUCCUUAUUUCACACCAAAUAAAUAUUCUGGGUGAAAUAAGUCAUUCAUUGCCUGUGCCAUUUUAGAAAAGUUGUUUCCUCAAAAUACUGUACCUGUUAUUAAUCUCACUUUGCACUGACUAUGUUUUGGUAUAUUUAUAAAUGGGGAACUCAGUUUCUGGAACUAAACUUAUUUGCCAUUUU